AGAGUGUGACGUGUAGUGCGUAUAACGCUGAGUUUCUUGACGUUUGUGUAGUUUUUAAUGUGAAUAAUGUGAUUGUGUAGUUCGUUAUGGCUUAUAAGUACCGUGAAGAUUUAGUUGGCAAACGAUUUCUCGCUGUGAGUGGUGUGACAAAAAUUAACGUGAAUAAAGUUUCCGAAUGGGGAUGGAAAGCUGGUGUUAUCAGAGCAGCAUCGCUCAAAGAUAACAAGAACAAGGAGCUUCAGGUGCUAGUGGAAUAUGAUGGUGUAGACUGGCAACGUCGUGAGUGGGUGGCAGUUUAUUCGCGACGGACGUUUCGUGUUUUUUUAGUGGAACAAACACUAGUUUGGGCUCCCAGGACAUACGAAGGAAAGGACGUCAAAUGGCCGGCUUUGACGUUCAUGCCGCUGGCAGCGGACCUGACGCUGCAAGCCGACUCGCAGGUGGUGGAAUUCCUCCACGAUCACCAUCUCGAGUUCUUGGAUUAUGCCAACCUACAACCUUAUCAGGAAUGGGACCCACGCCAGGCAGGAGCCGACGCUGGUCUGGACAACACCGUCCUCUCCGCCUUGGCUUCCGAAGCCGCAGAAUGGCGGACCAUACAAGAUGGCCAGAGAAUCCUAACCACCACGCCUUCGGUGCUUGGAGGCUGCCGGGCUCAAGUAUACCGGUCAGCCGGUGCCACGCAAUGGUACACCGCUGUCAUCGUUGGAGUCAACGAGCAUACUGGAGAGCUGACGGUGACAGAUGAUACAGUUCUAGAGGAGCACAGCGAAGAUCCUUCGCUGGUGCAGAUGCGACUCCUAGGCGAUGGAGUAAUCGAAUCGAUCAUGAAGGGAGAAGUGGUGGGCGUGAUGCCAAGACGUUCCCGAUCCAACCUCCAAAGAGUUGAACGAGAGACCACAAAAAGUCCAGCGACUACCGGUGGCAGGAAGAAAUCGUCCGCCGUGAGGAGCAACGGGCAAAUCGCACCCACGGACCCGCCGCCACAACCUACAGGUUCAUCGCCAGAACGUGAAGCCAGCGAAAUUACUAAAAAAGGUGUCUCAGAAAGUGUGAGUGCAAGUGAUGUCGUCGAAGUCAGUGAGGAAACCGACAAGUGCGUGAAACAGGAGGAAGUGAAGGCGAGUGAGUGUGAAGUGAAGAGUGAAGUGAGUGCGGUCGCGGAUGGUGUUGCCAGCGCCGUGGCCUCCGAGGAGGACGACUGUGUGAUAGUGUGCGCGCGAGAUGCGGACGAUAGGUCCGACUCGGGAGUGAGCGGAGUCCGGUCGGGCGGCUCGGCCAGUUCGGUGGAGGAGCGCGAGUGGCGCGGCAUGGCGCACGGCUACGGCGGAGGCCCCCCGCCGCCCUUGCUGCACCUGCCUCCCCCGCCACCGCCCACGCUCUACCCCAGCGAGCUGCUGUGGAAGCAGCGGUAUCAGCCGCCGAUCCACGCGCCGCUGCAUCAUGCCAUCGCGGAUGAUUACCUCGCGGCGGCAACCUACGAUAGAGAGAGACAUGAAAGACUGCUACGAGAUCGAAGGGAACAGGAGCAACGAGAGAUGUUGGAGAAGCAACAAAAAGAGAGAAAGGAGAGAGAACGGUUAGAACAAGAACGUGAGAGGGAAAGGGAACGAGAACGCGAGAGGGAAAAGCAAGAGAGAGAAGAAAAAGAACGGAGGGAUCACGAAAAUGCUGCCUCAAAAUUAGUUUCAAGGCAUUUCGAGGAAUCUCUCAGGCUGGCUAAUCAAAAGCGGGAGCGCAUGUCGUGGUCGCUGCUGCACAGCCUGGCGCCCAGCCGCGGCGGCGCGCAGGAGCACGAGCGUCUGCGAGCGCCUCCGCCCGACCGCGCGUACUACUCGCCGCCCGGACACCCGCCCGCGCACCCCGCGCACCCCUCGCACCCCUCCACCCGGCCGCCGGCCACCUCCCCUGCGGACUACCACGCGCAGCACGCCCGCAUCUCCAUCCCCUCUAAACCAGACAAACAAUCACAUCCCUCCCUACCUAAAGGCGAACCUAACUUCGCCCCAUACAACUAUUCACCGUAUCGAUAUGAUAAAAUGAAAGACCAGCAUUUACCGGCACCGCCGCCGCUGGUCCCAGAGAAGAACUCUGUGAUAGUCAAACAUGACCCUAAACAAAUACACCUUGAGCAGAAGCACCCUUACCCUAGCAAGCCGCGGAGUGAGCCGAACCCACACUAUCUACCGUCGCGGACGUAUCGAACAGGACCGUCCCCGCACGCGCCGCCUCACCCGCAUCCUACAUUACAGACGUCUCCGCACGCGGCUCUACCCGCACAGGAUAAGAACGCGCGGCGGAUGUACCAGCCUCCGCCGCCACGGUCGCCGGCUUACUACCAAACUGCACAGCCUGUGAAGCCUAAGGUAUCAAGUCCGGCUCCUCCCCACAUUUACGGCAAACCUCCGUGCAAUUCACCGGGCCCUGGACCGGGUCCGGCUCAUUACACAGUGGCCGUCGAGCCUCCCAUGCCGCACAGCAAGGUGGAGCAGCCGCCGGUCCCCUACCCGCCGCCAUACGCGCAGCGCUCGCGGCCGCCUCCCCCGGCGCACUCGCGCACUCCGGAGCCGCGGCCGCCGCAGCGCGCGGUAGUGGACUCCAACUCAACGUCACCAUGCCAGCUGCAGCCAUUAGAUUUGGGUGUGACGCGCGACGACCCCGAACGCCUUUCGCCCCGGCGACGAGGCGCUUCUGACCCCCCUGAAGCCGAUGCCAAGCGGCGGAGACUCGAGGAACCAUCAGCGCCAGAACCUUUAAUAGCGGCAGCCGCUGGAACGGGCCGGACGCCUCAUGGCUCCGAGCCCGCACCUCAGGCACCAGGACCGCCUUGCGAUGUUCGCGUGCCCUCUGCUGAUGGCAGUGUGGCUACACCUGAGCGAGCGGCGGGUGCUUCACCAGCGCCACAUCUGACGCCCGCAGCUAGUCCAGCUCCUGCAACGCCUGUACCUCCGGUGGCAGCAUCACCGCCCAUUGCAGCCGCCCCGCCAACUGCACCCACGCCACCCGCACCUCCGGCAACCCCCCCAGUCACGCCCGGGGCUGACGGUGAUACGCCCGCGAAAGCAGCGCAAUCUCCCAGAGAUAACAGCGGUGCACCCGUCCGACAUCUAGGCAAGAAGGCGUGGCUACAGCGACAUGAGACAGCACCUAUCGGCGAAGGAGACUGUUCGGGUGGUGGAGGCACUUGUAUCACAUUACCUAUGACGAUAAACCGAGUAUCGGAACCGGACGAUUCAAGUUCAAACAUAGUGGUGCCAGUAGCUGCGAAAUCAAUACAGCGUGGUGCGCGUAAGACAACGAAACCGAGGAAGCCAAAAGAGGCGAAUGGUCGUGUAGAUGACGCAGAAGAGGAUAGCUCGAGCUCGGACCGCGAGUCGGCUGCGCCUCCUAAGAGGAAGCCACCUAAGGCGAAAAGAAAAAAAGGUGCUGUGCCACGAAAGGCUAGUGAUGAACCGAAGAGGAAGAAGGCUUCUGAAAGUGGGAGUGAGAGUGACAAGGAGAGUGAUGAUAAAGACUCGGAUUCUGGUGGUAGCGGCAGUGGCAGCGGCAGUACGUCGAGUAGACGCGGCGGCGCCGGUCGUGCUCGCGGGCGGCGGACGCGCGGUGGCGGUCGCGGCGGCCGGCGGCGAGACGAGCCCCCGCGUCGCGCUGCGCAAUCCUCCCCCGCUUCCCGACCGCAGCCCGACUCGUUCCUACAAAACGGGCCGUGCUUCGAGGUAGCGCCGCGCCUGGCCAAGUGCCGGGAGUGCCGCUGGUCACCCGCGCAAAGAGACAAGGACAUGCCGAAUAUCUUCUGCCGGUUCUACGCUUUCCGAAGACUGAAGUACGCCAAAAACAGGCAGCUGGCUAUCGCCGGCUUCUCGGAUCCUUACAAAGACGCUGAAGAGGAUGAUAAAAAACUAUGGCUGUCGUCGUCAGCUGGUGCGGCUGAGUUAGAUAUCGAGAUGAGUUGCUUCCUAUUGAGGGAGAUUGGAGACCAGUUCUGUGAACUGCUACAACAAGAGAAGGAGGCGGAAUCCCAUCACCUAAACGAUGAUAAGACGAUAGCAUGGAAACGUGUGGUCCAAGGAGUGAGAGAAAUGUGCGAUGUGUGUGAAACUACACUAUUCAACUUCCACUGGACGUGCGGCAAAUGCGGAUUCGUUGUGUGCUUAGAUUGUUAUAAGUCGCGGACAUCAGGCGGCGAAACUGCAACCCCUCCGACUGAAACGAACAACUCGUCAAACGCCAACAACACCAAUGGCGAGAGAGAUUCCUUUGGUUGGCUAACAUGCACCUCGGGCGGAGCUCACCCAGCAAGACGGCUUCUGCUAACCCAGAUAGCCGCGGGCGGAGCCCUACACGCGGCGGCGGCGCGGGCACAUGCCCUGCGCUCGGCCUUCGCCCUCCCGCCCUGCGCCUGCGGGACUGCGCCCCCCGCGCAGCCGCAGACACGCGCGGCCGCCAGGCGGUUGUUGCACCGAGCCCUUAUGAACAACGUUAAAAAGGAGGAAGUUAAAGAAGAGGCCGCAGCUGCCAACGGUUCAUCACCGGUCAAAUCCGAGAACGGCAAGACUGGCAGCUCAGUCGUCAGCUGGCUUUCCGACAUACCUCUCAAGACUGAAGCUGAGGAAGAAAAGUCCGAGUCCAGUUCAUCUGACUCCGAAGAAGGAGGGAACUUCUCAACGUUACGGGAGCUACUCAUUCGACCGGCGCCAGAGGGCGGUGACACGCAACCUAAAAAGAAACAAAAGAAAAGCAAAAGCGACAUCCUCGAUGACGUCAUUUCUAGUGUUGUUGAUGAGAAGAAAGAUGAAGACGGUGAAGUGAAACCGUUUGCGUUGUCGAAUGUAGUGAAGCGGUAUGAUAGGAGUGGGCGGAGUCGUGAGGAACUGCCCAUUCGCAUCAUGACGCUGACGGAGUCGAAGCUGCUGUACCCCGACGUGCCGCACGCGUGGCUGUGCGACGGCAAACUGCUGCACCUCACCGACCCCAUGCACCCCGGGAACUAUAAACCCUUCCAGGACCAGUGGAAACGCGGUCAACCAGUUCUAGUCUCAGACGUAUCGACCAUUCUCGAUAAAGACUUAUGGAGUCCAGAGAGUUUCUCUCGGGACUUCGGUGAAACGAGAGUCGAUUUGGUCAAUUGUGCGUCCGGUUUAGUGGUGCCCUAUCAGUUGGGCAAGAAAUUCUGGGAUGGAUUCGAAUUAGCCGCCAAGAGAUUACGUGACGAACGCGGCGCUCCAAUGGUGCUCAAACUAAAAGACUGGCCACCGGGCGAAGACUUUGCCGAGCUUCUCCCAGCGCGAUUCGACGAUCUCAUGCGUGCGUUACCAUUAAGUGAAUACACAUCUCGCACUGGGAAGUUAAAUCUAGCUGCGCGAUUACCCGAAUGUUUCGUCCGUCCUGAUCUCGGACCGAAGAUGUACACCGCGUAUGGAGGAGCUGGCGGUACCACCAAUCUUCAUUUGGAUGUCAGUGACGCUGUCAAUGUGAUGGUUCACGCCAGCGCUCCGGCCGACGCAGCCGAGAGAGCACGCGAAGCGGCGCGUGCGGCUGAGGAGGCAGGAGUCGACGUGCUGUCUCGUCGCCGCGCCCGCGUCAAGCCACCCGCAGCCCUUUGGCACAUAUACGCCGCUAAAGAUGCGGAUAAAAUCCGUGAUUUCCUAGUCCGAGCUGAAUUAGAACGAGGAGCGCGACCGCGACCUCAACACGACCCCGUACACGACCAAACUUGGUACCUCGACGCUGCGCUACGCGAACGCCUGUACCGGGAGUACGGAGUCGAGGGCUAUGCGAUACUGCAGUGCCCCGGAGACGCCGUCUUCAUCCCGGCCGGAGCGCCGCAUCAAGUGAGAAAUCUCCUAGACUGCAUCAAAGUGGCCGAGGACUUCGUUUCACCCGAGAACGUAUCGCGGUGUUUCGAGCUCGCGCAACAGUUUAGGCGUUUGUCUCGCCAGCACUCCAACAAAGAAGAUAAGUUACAGAUAAAGAAUAUUGUGUACCACGCGGUAAAAGAUUCUCUGUGCUGCCUAGAGGAGGCGCUCGCCGAAGCCAAGUGAAGACGGGCCGGCCUCCCGCAUUUGAUCUCAACCUCGAACGUAACAUUAAUUGCUAAGUUCCGCAUUUAAACGUAAGAUUGGGAGCGAGUAUGAUACGCGCUGUGCGCCGUUCGUGUAUAGAUGCCAUGUUAAGCGUCCGAGUCGAUUGUGUACCAGUUAUGUGUGUAAGUGUGUACUCGAAAUGUGAUUUAGUCCGACGGUCGCGAUCGGAGUAUGUGCAAUGUAAAUUAGUCUGAUUAUGGUGAUAUCGUUGAGAUGUGGAUAUGUUUUAUGUUCCUUAAUUGAAAUACAAAUAAAACUCUUCAGGUUAUUUACAGCUUAAUUGUAGCUAUAGUGAUAUGUAUGUAUUGUGUAAAUUUUAAUUCGAAUUCCAUCGAGUACAUAUUAAGAAUUGUAUACUUUUAAGUUAUUGUAUUGAAGUAAAACAAACGUAUUCGCUCGAAGCAUUGUACAUUACAACACGGCAUGUAGAUAAGUUUAUCCUAUUACUAGAUUUCUCAAUUUGGUUAUGUUACAAAAUGAUAGUUAAACAAAGUAUGUGACAAUUUCUUUUUGUCCUUAUUGCUGUAUUAGGAAGUUUUUUUUGUACUGUGUAUAUUAUGUAUGGUUAUAAGUUGGAAUAAAAAAAGAUGUUUAUAUGAAAAAA